GCUCGGCCCCUCCCCCCGCGCGCGAGCCUGGGGUCAUCCCGGCCGGCCCCCCGCCGCCGCGCCGCCGGUUUACUGGUGUCCCCGCUUGCAGGCGUCGUAAAGAUUGCGGAAGGCGUGAGUGGCCGGGGCCUUCCCUCCCCCCGCCCCCCGGCAGAGGGGUCCCCCGCACCCCGCGUGCCCCCACGUUCUGGAACUUCCAUGCGCAGGAGGCCGCGUGGUCCGUGUGGCUGCAGCCUUCUGCCCUGCCCAGCUGUCAAGCGGAAAUGUCUGAAAAGGAGAACAACUUCCCGCCGCUGCCCAAGUUCAUCCCCCUGAAGCCCUGCUUCUACCAGAACUUCUCCGACGAGAUACCCAUCGAGCACCAGCUCCUGGUGAAGAGGAUCUACCGGCUGUGGCUGUUCUACUGUGCCACCCUGGGGGUCAACCUCAUUGCCUGCCUGGCCUGGUGGAUCGGCGGCGGCUCGGGAGCCAACUUUGGCCUGGCCUUGGUCUGGCUGCUGCUCUUCUCUCCCUGUGGCUACGUGUGCUGGUUCCGGCCCGCGUACAAGGCCUUCAGAGCCGACAGCUCCUUCAACUUCAUGGCGUUCUUCUUCAUCUUCGGAGCGCAGUUUGUCCUGACCGUCAUCCAGGCGAUCGGCUUCUCGGGAUGGGGCGCAUGUGGUUGGCUGUCAGCAAUCGGGUUCUUCCAGACCAGCGUCGGGGCCGCCGUGGUCAUGCUCUUUCCAGCCAUCCUGUUCUCCGUGUCCGCUGCCAUGAUGGCCAUUGUGAUCGUGAAGGUACACAGGAUCUACCGGGGGGCGGGCGGAAGCUUCCAGAAGGCACAGACCGAGUGGAACACGGGCGUUUGGCGGAACCCACCGUCCAGAGAGGCUCAGUACAACAACUUCUCGGGGAAUAGCCUGCCCGAGUACCCCACCGUGCCCAGCUACCCGGCUUCUGGCAGCCAGUGGCCGUAGGGGGGCUGCGUGACCCCACGGCCUGCCCGCCUGGCCCCGUCGCCAUCCUCUCCUCCCCCGGCCAGGGCGGCGGAGUCCAGGAGCACUCGGGGACCCGUGUUUGUGUUCAUCUCACCUUCGGGAGGGAGGUCCUCGCGAGCGCCGCCCAGAAACCGUCCAGCCUCUGCUGCCUGGCAGGAGGAUGCCCCUGCCACACGUCACGUUCGGUCGUCAUGCUAUCCACACCCUCUCCUGCCCGGGCCUCUGAGGGCCGACACAGGCCUCCCCAGGGAGAAGGUGGCAGCAGGCCAGCCGCCUGCCUUCCAGAGCUGAUGGCGCUGAGGACGACUGGCCUCGUGUCCACCCGCGUGUUCUGUGCCGGGGUGUGGCCCUCGGCCCUUCUCCCCCGUUCCUGUCCCUGUGGGCGAUGGGGUCUUGGCUGGGUCCCUCAUGACCUCCUCCUCCUGUGUCUCUGCCCACCUGGGGCUAGAGGGCCCUUGUGAACAGCCUACGGGGUCAGCCAGAGGCAUUUAGCUGCCGGGGCACCAUGAUCUGAGCCCCUGUCCAUCUGUCUGUCCGCCCCACGUGCUCUGCUGGGUUCCGUGGCCACUGCGCAGGGCCGUUGGCCAGCCUGCCUCCAGCCUGCCCACCCGCAGCGGCUCUCCUGGGAACUUCGAGUGGACCUCUGUGGAGAUCCCAGCACUGGGACGGAUCCCGUGGGGAGGACGGAGCUGCUGGCCUCCCUGCUGUGCAGACCGCGGGACACCAGCGGCACCUGCAGAGUGGGUGUGACUGCGCCUCCACGGCCCAGCCGCGCCUCGGAGCCUCUGACCCCACUGUUGUUCGAGCUGCACGAAGCAGGAGCCUGAGUUUCUCCAGAGAAUGGCCUUGUAGAAGGAACGAAGAUGUGACAAAUCUGUGCCUUAACGAGGAACCUAAGCAAGACGCCAGAAGGACCGGAGUGUCCCCGGGCACCUCGGCAGCGCCCUGUGAGUGGACGAGCGGGGGACACCACCUGGUGGCCCCUGAGCCCUUGCUGGCCGGGCUUCCCAGGACUCCGAACACUGCCCCCCGGCUCCUGGCUGGCCGUCCCCGUCACACUGCCACGCCUUCCGCCAGCCCCACCAGAAGCCUGGGCACGACUGUGGCCACGCUUGCUUGCUUUGGCUACUUGCACUGAACACCGUGUGGCGUCCAAGGGUAGCCACGGCCCCUGCAGGUCGCAGCCUCCUGGAUGGGAGCCCCGAGCCCUGGGUCUCCCGGGUGUCCCUUCACAUCCCGAGGCCCCUGGUGUGCGGCCCCAGCACUGACGCCACCCGGCUGCAGGGCCAUGGAGCAGGUGUGGGAGGCUCCCUGCCCGCACAUUCGCCCGCACGUUCACCCACACUCACCCUGAGCCCCCGUGGCCCCGGGCACCUUGGUUACUCCGUGGCGGGGCGGACCCGAUCCUGGAAAUAAAGACUCCAGUCCUUUCUGCAUCUCGGAGCCUCUGCGGGGCUGUGAGUGGCGCCUGCGUGCAUGUCGCCCCCGUGGCCCGACCCCUGCCCACGCGCCCUGCAGUGGGCCUGGCCCCCCGGCUGCCCCUGCCCUCACACUGCCUUGCUCUCAGCCGUGUCCACGAUCCACCACGGUGCAUUUCCUUUGUGCUUUUGUUUUAAAACAACUAGUUUUUGUCUUUUUUUUUUUUUUUUUUUUUACGUUUCACUGUUUUAAUUUGAAAAGGAAGUGCAGAAAACGAGAAACCAGCAUCCCUUGCCAUGAAGGAAAAGUAACAGUAGAGGUGGCCGGAGUAGAAACAGGAAGGUCUCAGCAGCCCAGCUGGAGGGGUCCUGUUGGUGGCGGAGCGGACACCCCACGUGGACACGGGAGGGAGGGCGUGAGUCUUAGUCCACAGUUCGGAAACUAAGAGGACCAGGCCCAGCCCCGAGCGGGUGGCGUGGCUGGUGGUGUGUUCCCCUCCCCACAGGUGCACAUGUGGACGUCCUGACACCAGACCUCAGGCCAGGACUGUGUUUGGGUCGGGGUCGCUGCAGGGGUACUUAGUUGGGGUGAGGUCCCACCGGACCAGAGGGGCCCCAGAGCAACGACGGGCAUCCUUAUAAAGGGACGCGUGGAUCCAGACAGGCCGGAGGAAGCCCCGCAGAGACAGGGGUGAUGCCCCCCCCCGGGGGUCAGGGUUGAGGCCGCCCCAGGAAGGCACCCAGCAGAGGCGAGGGGAGUGGAACGAGGGGCUGUCCCUGGGAUGGGCGGGGUUGGUGACAGCAGGAAGAGGAGGAGGAGCAGCACCCAGGCCUGGAGGGAGGAAGGGAUGUGGGCUGCCUCCGCCUCCGGGUGACCCGUCAGGACGCAGGAUGUGGCUGGAGUUGAGAGACUGAGGCCCAAGUGAGAAGUGUGCGUGGGCGGCCGCGUCCAGGAACCACGGGGUCGGGGCGUAAGCCGCCGGGGUCUCCCCUCCCACCUUCUGGAGGGCAGAGCCCGGGAUCCGGGUGGGAACGGCCACCGCGGGAUGGUGGGGCUGGGGCGGGCGUCCGCGGGGCCUGACCGCCCUGCAAGGCCCGGGCGGGGCCUCCCUGCGCGCCUAACAAUGCUAACGCUGGCGUAGAACCUAAGACGACAUCUAGAAACGUGUGUUAACGUCAUCUAAGGAUGUGUUCGCUACACUUCAACAUUAAAAAAAUAACUUUUUUAAGAAAAGA